UCUCCUUUCUCUCACCGUUCUCUGUCAGACAACACUUUUUACGAGUGAACAUGAUGAUGGUGUUGUAAAGAGGAGAGUCUACUUUCAUAAAGUUUAUGUUAAUGAUAACGCCUGUUGGCGGCACAGAGCAACAGUUCACCUAACAAUCGCGGUUUGUUCUGAAAAACAUCAACAAUAACAGCAGUUGGUGGUUCUGAACGGAGGCAGGAGGAGAGGAGGAAGAAGAGACCCUCAGUAAUACCAGGCAGCCGGAGACUCAGUCAUGCGUCCCAGGUCCAGAUUACUGGCGAAACGAGGCCUCCCCACCAUCAGGGAGGGCUAUGAGGAACUGGUGCAAGAUCUGAACCAAACCAACAGUCAGCACACAACUACACAGGAUUACUUCCUCUCCAUCUGCCAUCUGGCCCGGCCCACUUUCCCCUUACAUGAGCCCGACUACGACAUUCUCUCCAUCGGCCCUUUGAACUCCCCAAAGCCCUGCCUACGACUGCACCGCCUACGCCAGCAUGUGCAACCUCCACAACCGCGCACCUCCACAAGUAGUGCCUGCGCAACUCAGCAACCCCAGAAGGAGAAAGAAAUCACAAGAUGUGCUCCAUCAGAACCGCUGCAGUGCCAAGCACCUGAAGAAACUAAUGCAUGCAGUGGAUCCACUGAUCCACUGGAAUACCUUUACAGCCACAGGGGUUCACCAGUAGCAUCCACCCCUAGAAGGGGCAGCAUUCCCCUACACAGGCCACGGUGCGACACCUUCCCAUGCCUCUCAUCCGCACCAGACACACAACGCAAGAGCAGCUGCCCGGAGCUCUGUCUAGCGGAGACGGGCACUGCAGCCACAGUCCUGCAGCGGUCACCGCUUAACAGGAAGAAGCUGGAUGAUUGCAGCUUGGCCACACGCAGCAGUGUUCCCAGUAAGCUCGAUGGUGCCCCUGCUGGUUGGCGGGGAAAGAGCAGUCGCUGCAUGGACAAACAGACCAUAGUGUCGCACUGGAUCGCCGAGUGUCGCAGUGCAUGGAAAGAGGCCCGCAUUCGUGCAUGCAUGCUGCCCGCCAUCGCCGAGAAGUAACGUACGCCCGCAAAAAUCCCUUUCCAGUGAUGCCGAACAGGCAGACGUCAUGUAGAGUAAUGUGGAUUAUUGUGGAAUUAUGACUUUGCACUCCAGGUUUAUAUGCAUAUACAUUUUUGAUGUAUUUCUAAACCAGUGACCCUGUUGAUAACACCACAGUGUAGAGUUACAAUGAAUGUCAAUGAUAAGACUGAGUCAGACCAAUAAUGUCCAGUCGUGAUCCAUAAAUGCAUUGAUUGUUGGAUAAAUUUAACUCUGUUUAGUUGAGAUUUUAAAAAGUAAAGAAGAUUUCUCAUCACAAUUGCAGUUCUUAAAUGGGAUGCUCAAUAAAAUAGAGUUUAAAGGUUGAUUGUCCAAUGGUAUCGCUCUUACUCUUUAAAGACGAAGGUGUUAGUAAAUUGCACUACUAGCAAAUUAGGGCAGCUACUGUAAGAAUUAACUCACCAUGCUUCCUAAAAUCUCUAAUUUGUGAAACAUUGCCUAUACAAUGAGACUUAUGGACUAGGACACGUCUUCAUCCGAAAAGUCCCUUCCCUCACCCAGACAUGUUUAGAUCAUAAUACAGAUCAGAGAUAUGUCUACAUUUUAUAUGUCUAUAUAAUACUUCAACAGUAAAUCCCUUUUAGUUAAAAAAAAAAAAAACAGAAUGGUUAAGGGAACAAUUAUGAGCUUAUAGAUAUAGAAGGACUGGCCUUAAAUCUUUGCUAUGAAAAUUCACUGCCAUCUACUGACUGCCAUGGCAAUAUAAUAGAGAUAAUGUUGAAAAUGUCCAUUAUGCUGAGACCGUUUUUGUCCAGAUUUGGUGUAACAAUUUAAUCACAAAUAACCGCUUUAAAAAUAACAGAAGUCCAUUUGGAGAUAGGGAUCACUUUAAAAAAUGAAAAUAUCUCAUUUUGAAAUUGAGAUUUAUGACAAAAGGCAAUGUGGAGCUACACUGUUAUCCAUAAUUGACUGUUUGUACACACUUGAAAGUCUUUCUCUGCAUUAAUUUGGUUUCGGCCUUUUUAGAUAACCUACUGUUAAAAAGAUUAAUAAUGCAUGUGACUUUCUAAAUUAUUUUGUAUUCAUGCAUAAAACAUCUUUAAAUGAAUAUUAUUAUGGAUGUAAUAAUCUGAGAGAAAACUGUAUACACUAUGAGUAAAGGUAAUCUGUUGUUUGUACAAUUUUCAACAGCCUUGUACUUUCCCCACACUUUUCUAAAUAAAUAAAAUGUCUGUGUGCUUUGA